AUGAUCUGGGAGAUGAGAGAGGAAGGGAGGGAGCUUGGUGACGGACGGAGCCACGGAGGUGAGAUGGGAUCCAAGGGAGGGGUCGGGGGGAGAGCUGAGGCGCGGGUCACCGGUGGAGCGGGCGACGAAUGCGAGCUCGUCACCGAGGCCCGUCGCCGCGCGCGCGACGUCCCUCCGCCCUGCCCCGGUCAGCCGAGCAGAGGCGGCGGCGGCGGCCACGCGCCAUCGAGCACGCGAUCCGGUGAGGGCGCGGACGGCACGGCGGGCGGGGCCGAGCGGCGACGCGGACGUCGCGUCCGGCGCGAGUGCCAGGGGCGGGUCGGCGGCGGAUCUGACGACGGCGCGGCGGUCGGGUCAGGGCGGGCGGGACCGAGCGGCGGCGCGGACCUCUCGACGGAGCGGCAGCCAGGACGGCGCAGCGCGAACGACGGCGCGAACGACAAGGCGGCCGGGACGGAGCGGGCUGGGUCGGGGCGGGCGGGGCCGAGCGGCGACGUGGCGCCGGCGUCGCGCGAACCGGUGAGGGCGCUGGGCGAAGGGGAGUGA